AUGGGAAGUAUGAGCGGCGACGCGACUCACUCCGCCGUGAGCGCGCACAAGGCUUUGCAACAGUGCGAGCUGGUGCAGAACAUGAUCGACAUCAGCAUCUCCAGUUUGGAGGGCCUCAGGACCAAAUGUGCCGCCAGCAACGACUUGACGCAGAAGGAGAUGCGCACGCUCGAGGGUAAGCUGGUGAAGUACUUCAGCCGUCAGCUGUCGUGUAAGCGCAAAGUGGCCUCAGAGGAGCGCGGCGCCGAGUUGGCCGCCUUCCCUCGCCUGGGGCACUGGUUCCGCAUUGUCAACCUAAGGAAGGAGGUCAUGCAGGAUAUGAGCCCCACCGAGGUGACUCUGGAGGGCCUACUGGACAUGAGCGAGCAGCAAGUGUGCGAUCUUCUCCAAAAGUUUGGUGCCAACGGGGAAGAAUGUGCCCGUCUCAACGCCUCGCUAGCCAGCCUCAGGAGGGCACACCAGCUGGAACAACUCGAGGACGACAAGUUGCACAGUAACGAAGGUAGUCAAGCCAAGCAAGAUUGGUCCAUCGAGUGGCCCACCGCUGAGUCGAGCAAAGAAAAAACACCUGCGAGUCAGCCGGAGGCCUGCCAGCGAAGCCGCUCGCAGCCGCCCCAAAGCCCCCAAGUCCUUUCCGAUCACGCGGCACCUCUUGUGUAUGCCGAGCUCUUGACUGUGGACGGCCCUAACCUGGGACUGCCGCCCAGCUAUGACGGCGGGCGCCGCUCACUACCGCCAUCACCGCGCCAGAGACAUAUGGGCCACGUACCCCCUGGAACCCCGCCAGCAUUGGAGACCAUGACGCCGCCGGGCACACCUCCCCUUAGGCGCAGGAACAAAGUCAAGGCGCCGGGUACGCCUCCGCCUCCAGGCCGGAAGCUCAUUCACCUCCUACCAGGCUUCACCUCACUUCACCGCAGCAAAUCGCAUGAGUUCCAGCUAGGAAACCGACUGGACGACGCAAACACGCCAAAAGUCAAGAAGAAGACCAAACCCUUGAACCUUAAGAUCCACAGCAGUGUGGGAAGCUGCGAGAACUUACCCACCUACCUACCCAGCCAGCGUUCACCGUUGCACUCCGAGCGCUCCCUGAGAUCCUUCUUUUUCCCUUCCUUCGUACCCUCCACGCCACCCGUGCAUGCUGAAACGCCCUCUGCAAACACCCUGUCAGUGCCUCGCUGGUCCCCGCAGAUCCCCCGGAGAGAUCUGGGAAACUCCAUCAAACACAGAUUUUCAACCAAGUACUGGAUGUCACAGACAUGCACCGUGUGCGGGAAGGGAAUGCUGUUUGGACUCAAAUGUAAAAACUGCAAGCUGAAGUGCCACAACAAAUGCACCAAAGAAGCUCCACCCUGCCAUCUACUCAUCAUCCAGCGAGGCGGACGAGAAUCACUUAAAGACCACCAAGGAAUGACUCAAGUCGCUCGUCUGGUGCGGACCGAGUCUGUGCCGUGUGACAUCAACAACCCGCUCAGGUACAACGACCUGCACGUCAGUCAGACUCUGCCUAAAACCAACAAAAUCAACAAGGAUCACAUCCCAGUGCCGUACCAGCCAGACUCCAGCAGCAACCCUUCGUCCACCACUUCAUCCACGCCAUCCUCUCCUGCGCCGCCGCUGCCCAGCAGCGCCACGCCGCCAUCACCGCUGCACCCAUCGCCCCAGUCGGCGCGGCAACAGAAGCACUUCAACCUAACAGCGUCCAGUUAUUUCAAAUAUAAACCGCAGUUCAUAUUUCCAGACGUCACUCCGGAGGCUCCUCCCAGCAGGGCACCCCAAGUCAUCCUCCAUCCUGUUCUGUCGGGGCCAGGCAACGAAGGAAACCCUUUGCUUCAAAUUGAAGUGGAGCCAACUUCUGACAACGAGCAGGGUCACGACGAGGAGUCCGGCGAUGAGUUCGAGGAGAUGAACUUGUCGCUGCUGUCCGCCCGCAACUUCCCGCGCAAGGCCAGCCAGACCAGCAUCUUCCUGCAGGAGUGGGACAUCCCCUUUGAGCAGUUGGAGAUCGGAGAGAUGAUCGGCAAAGGCCGCUUCGGCAAAGUUUUUCACGGCCGCUGGCACGGCGAGGUGGCCAUCCGCCUCAUCGACAUCGAACGGGACAACGAGGAUCAGCUCAAGGCCUUCAAGCGUGAGGUGAUGGCCUACCGCAACACGCGCCACGAGAACGUGGUCCUCUUCAUGGGCGCCUGUAUGAGUCCGCCACACCUGGCCAUUAUUACCAGCCUGUGCAAAGGCAGAACACUUUACUCAGUGGUGCGAGACGUCAAGGUCGUCCUGGAUGUCAACAAGACACGACAAAUCGCACAAGAGAUGGUCAAGGGCAUGGGCUACCUCCAUGCAAAAGGCAUCCUCCACAAGGAUAUGAAGUCCAGGAAUGUCUUUUACGACAACGGAAAAGUCGUCAUCACUGAUUUUGGACUAUUCACCAUCUCGGGGGUCCUGCAGGCUGGCUGUCGGAGAGAAGACAAGUUGAGGAUCCCGAGCGGCUGGUUGUGUCACCUUGCUCCAGAAAUCAUCCAGCAGCUCUCUCCGGAGACCGAGGAGGACAAGCUGCCGUUCUCCAAGCAGUCCGACGUCUUUGCAUUUGGCACCAUCUGGUUUGAGUUGCACGCUCGCGAGUGGCCUUACAAGAGUCAGCCCGCGGAGGUCAUCAUGUGGCAGGUGGGCAGCGGCGUCAAACCCAGCUUCGCGCAUGCCGGCAUGGGCAAGGAGAUCCUGGACAUUUUACUGCUGUGUUGGGCGUUUGAGCAGGAUGAGCGGCCGAGCUUCUCCAAGCUAGUGGAGCUUCUUGAAAAACUGCCCAAGCGCAACCGCCGCCUUUCGCAUCCGGGACACUUCUGGAAGUCGGCCGAGUACGUCAAAUGA